AGGAGACCGGACGUGUCGCUUUAUGCCCGUCAUGGGAUCGUGUUUGUGCUGUCCUAAAUCACAAAAAGAAUACAUUCCACUGUGUAGAGUGUUUAUUACUACACGUCGCACAAAAUGCCACGUUCAUACUUGAAAACAGACGAGGCGAGAGAUGCUGCGGAGAUGAAAUAUUUACUUGCAUCCAAAAUUAGACGGCGAAAAGAAGAAAUUCAUAACUACAUACUAGACAGGCGAGCUGAAAUUCACAAACGAAUCAUAUAUCGAAGGCAUCUUUUCCUGAAUUACCGGAGCACGAGUACGUUGCCAUCACCAAAUGAAGAAGAUCUGCAAAAUCAUGUCCCAAUCCCUGCAGACCCAGGUUGGUGGGAGAGAGUUGUGAUGACAGAGUUUGGACCAGAAGACUGGCUUGACAAGUUCCACAUCACAAGAGACAUCUUCCUUCUUCUGCAUGCUAAACUCAAGCCCCAGCUCGAGCAAGUGUAUAUAGAACAAAGCGGACAGACCAUUACACUGGAGAGAUGUAUUGCCAUGGCCUUAAUGCGUUUGUCCACCAGCACAGAAUACUGCUUCUUAAGCGAACUCUUCGGUGUGCCCAUCCCAGCUGUGUGUCAGUGUGUACGAGAGGUGUGUGAAGCCAUCAUUUUGUUACUAAAACCCCUUUACAUGCAGUUACCUGCAGAUCAUGAACUUGAAGAACAGGCAGAGCAGUUUCAUACUCUGUGGGGUUUUCCUCACUGCAUUGGUGUCAUCGACUCCCUUCACAUCCCUGUUAAAUCACCCUCCACGGACACCCAGGAUUGCUGGAACCCGAGAAGAUGGCACUCUGUAGUGCUUCAGGGUGUGGUAAAUGCAAAAGGUAGUUUCUGGGACGUUUGUUCUGGUUUUACAGGCAGCACAGAUGACACGACCAUCUUGCAGAGCUCAGAGCUGUGGACUAUGGCAGAAGAGGGAGGCUUCUGCUCUCAGCCACCCAAAGAACUCAUGGGUCAACCGUUGGGAUUUCUGCUGCUGGGGGAUGCGGGUUAUUCGCUUCAGACCUGGCUACUGAAAUGCUAUCCUUCAUCGCCAAAUCUAACACUGCAACAGCAAACCUUCAAUGUCCAGCUGAACCGCGGCAUUAAAGUAACUGAAAAUGCCUUCCAGCGCCUUAAAGCACGAUGGCAGUGUCUGCACAACAGAAAUGACAGCAACAUAGACUUGGUAUCCAAGAUGGCUGUAGCUUGCUGUAUCUUGCACAAUAUCUGUAACGUGCAUAACAGUCCGUUUAAAGAGGAGUGGGUUAAAGCACUCAGUCAGAAUGAAUGUCCACAGCCCACAGAUGUGUCUACGGUCUACAUAGAUGAUCCGAAAGCAAAGGCAGUUCGUUCCUUGCUCUGUAGCUACUUUGAGCAACAACAGCAGAGCAAAACACUAGAUCAGUCUCCAACAAGCAGCACGUUUUUGUCUGUACCUGAGCCACUUCAAGUGGACAAUGCUGGAACAGCAUAGCUUGUGUAUAGACUGAUCAUUUUAUUAGCCAGUUUAUAGCUGCCAUUUAAUAUGUUACAAAAGUAAGCAUGGCUAAGCAGGCAGAAAGUGUGUAAAUUGAUUGUAUUUAAAUCCCAGUCUUAUAUUUUAUAACUCUUAAGAUUAUCUGUUUUAUUAACUUUUAUAAAUGAGUGACUUUUAAUAUGACUUUUAAAUCACUUGAUAAGUUUUAUUUGGCGUCUAAUCUAUCAAUAUUGUAAACAGUGGAUCUAUAUAACGUUCAAAGUGAUUUUGUUUUUUGGUUGAAAUAAACAAAAAUACUUAUGGCAAUUCAAUGCUUUUUUGAAAUUUUGGAGAAUUAGGUAAACCCAAAAGGCAUCAUUUAUUCAUGUCACAUUGUUAUAAACCUAUGUGACUUAAUUUUUUCAUCCUUGGAACACAAAAGAUAUUAAAUGUCCUGUAUUAUUAAAUGUGAUGCACUGUGUGUAUCAAUCCACAUUGACUUUCCUAGAAUUUGAAAGUGCUGUAUCCAAAUUUUCAAAAUUUCUCAUCACAUGUAAAAGAAUACAGCCUUACCAGGUUGAAACAAUGUAAAUCAGUGGCUCUCAACCAGGAGGCCAUGACCAAUUAG